AGAACGUGCGGAACUCUGUGCGCUUGUCUGUUGCUAUGGUGAAACCAGAGGGACGCGCAGCUGCGGAGAGAUGACGUCACGGGGCGGCUGGUGAAGCGGGUUUUAAACAAGGAAGGCGUUGGGUUCGGGACUGGAAACUGGAAUUGUUCCUGGCAGGCUACUCGUGCUGUUUCCAUGGCGCUUCCCCAUCAGUACAAGCCCAAGGAUUCCUCACUUCUCAGUGGCAUUGAACCUCUUCCUCUCUCUUCUCCGACGUCUCCUCUCCAUCAUGUCUCUCGCAGCCCCUCUCCUACACCGGCCCUCUCCUUCCCAUCUGCCGCCAGUCUGAGACGCGCAGCUUUUUCUGAGGUGACCACCCAGCUGUAUUCAUCCCUGCGACGCAGCAAGGACCUGGAGGUGGAGAGUCAGGACACGGAAUACUUACUGGGGAAUUCCGCUGCUUCCCGCAGUCCCACGCAUGUGACUGACAUGGACGAGCUGGCGGAUGAGAUGUCCCAUAAGUUACAGGAAGGUGUAGCAGCUUCGAGUGCAAAGGGGGUCUCUUAUAUCUCUCAGAUGGAGUCUCUUCGCUCCUACUUGCAGAACAUGCUGAGUUUCAACCACAGCAUCGCCCAGCAGUCCCGCCAUGUCAGUGAUAAGGAUGAAGAGCAGAGCGAUGCCACAACCACACUGCUGAAUGCCCGGCCAGUGUCUCCCACUCGUUCCCUGUCUGGUUUGGAGGGACUGUUUCCUCACUACACAUCUCUGUAUAAAGCCGCUCCUGCUUUCCCUGACCUGCAGCUGAGAGACGCCUUGGAGAGAGAGACCACACGACGGAAGCACCUGGAGCGUCACAUUCAGAACCUGCAGAACGAGAUGCUGGAGUUACAACAGAGACUAACUGUCACCCUGACGGCCGACAGCAGGAAGGACACUAUGAUCCAACAGCUGGACCAGACCUUGGCGCUGGUGGUGGGAGGAUGGAAGCAGCAGGAGCAGAAGAAAGAGGAGACUCUGCACCAGCUGUGCAGGCAAAAAGAAAAGGCUGAGCAGGCCCGAGCCAAGGACAUGGAGGUAUUGACUCAGGUGCGCCAGGAGCUCUGCCAGGCACAAGAGGCUCUUGCCGAAGAGAAGCAGAUCUCAGCCGAGGCAAAGGAGGAGGCCCACAAACUGGUAGAGGAGAAGGAGACUCUGGUUACCCGAUUUCAGGCUGAGCAAGAAAGAGAGCGAGACAUUCACGCCGAAGAACGCAGGGAGCUGGAAACUCUAAAGAGACGGAUCCAGGAACAGCAGAGUGAAUGGCUGGAACGGGAGAGACAGUUGCAGGGACAGUGUGAGAGACUGCAGGAGGAGAAGAGGAGAGAGGUGGAGAGUGAGCGGGCGCUGGUUCAGCAAGAAUCCCAGAAGUCCCAACAGCAGCAACUAGUCCUCGCUUCUCUGCAGGGAGAGGUUCUUCGUCUGGAGAGAGAUUUGCAGGCCUCGCACAGGGAGAGGGACACUCUGCAGAUGGAGCUUAACCUUGAGAAGGCCCGCGGCGAGUCAGAGAGGGUGCGUCUGGAAAGCGAGCAUAAAGUGCGGUUGGAAGAGGCUGUCAUCGAGAGACUUAGCGUUGUUCAUGAGGAGAGUGCCCAGCAUCUGAGUGCUGUGAGAGAGCAGCACAGGAGGCAGCUCUUAGACCUCACCUCGCAGCACGAGACUGAACUCACCACCCAGCUCUCUCAGUUUAAGUCAGAACUGCAGGACCGCGAGAGGCGCCACCGAGAUGUCACCAUGGAGUAUGAGCAUAAACUGUCUCAUUUGGAGGAGAAGACUCAGGAGCUGUCUCUGGCACUCCGUCGGCUGGAGAACGAGAGAGCGGAGAUGCUGACACAGCUGCAGGACGUCAUGAAGAGCCAUUGGAGCCAAGCGCUGAGGGUUCUAACCUCAAAGGCCUCUGAAUCGUCUCUACAAGCCCCUCUCCUGCCAGGAGCCCCAGAGUUGCCAUGGAGUGGGAGCAGAGAGGCAGCUGGAGGGCCGAGCCAAGACCAAGGGGAAGAGCUGCCCCUAAAGAGAAGCACUAACUCACUGGGGCCCGGGGAAAUCUCAGACGUAAUGGAAAGCAGCAAGCUGAAGGAUAACUUCAAACAGAUAAUAGCAGAGAAAAGUCACACAGAUUUCAAUCAACAUAUGCAGAACAGCGGCCACAUUUAUAGCACUAGCCAAAUGCAGGUUGCAAACAGCCGAUUAAUGGGUGAUGGUGGUCAAUCAAGUCAUCCAAAGGUUCCGCUAAGCCUCAGUGAUAGCCAGUGGUUAAUGGGACAUAGCCGUCAGGAUGGAGGCCAGUUAAUCAGCCAGCAGAGUGACAGCCAAGCAAAGAGCAUAAGAGAUCCCAGAAACCAGCCAGUGAUAGCAGAUGGUAGCCUCUUUUGUAGCCAACCGUUGGUAACCAUUGACACAAGUAGGCAAAAUACUUUUGCCGACAGUUUGUUCAAAGACUCUCGCCGCCAGCCUGUAAUCGGCAAAAGUCACUUGAAUGUGGAACUGCUGGAGGCGAGGGGCCAUGAUACUGCCAGCAGAAGCCAACUCGUGCACACUGGUGGCCAUUCUACGUUCUUGGGUAGCCAUGAGGCUGUAGACUCCAGACACCAGUAUAUUAAAGGUCUCACUGGACAACAUGAUAGCGAUGGUCACCAAACAGUUACAGGCAAAGUUCCAACCUCUCAGCCCAGUUUCCGUCCUGUUUCUCUAUCCGAGAGUGGCCCCGGGCAGGAGUCCCGACACCAUCCGAACUACCAACCAGCAGAGGCGUUUUACAGUUACAGGGAGGCAGACGAGAGCUUCUACCCGCUGCAAAUGGAAGAACUGAGUCACAGCUUCAGCAGCCACCCAGGCUUCUACUCUCUAGAGCCACAGCAGGAUCGGACCACACUGGACAGGGCCUCAGAAAGCCUCCUACAAAUCUCUGCAAAACAGUCCCACCCAGAGGAGCCAUCGCUGAUGUUUGGGCCAACGAAACCGAACACCCUGGAUACCACCCCAAAUUGGGAGCCAAAUAGGGAAGAUGCGCCCUCAAACACCCAACUGCAGUACUAUAUACGCAUGCUGUUAGACCGCGCCCCUGGGGAUCCACUUAACGAUGAAACCGACAAAGAACCCCCACACCCAAACAUAGAGAUGUCUGACCUAUCUCGUCUCCUAAAUAUUCAUCCCUCCAUGUCUCAGUACGGCCAAAGUCGGCCCAACCAGCAACUGCAGAGCUCUACAGUAGAUGUGCCCAGGAUACCAGCCAAGCCUUCAAAAAACCCAGAGGUGGUUAAGAAAGAGAUGUUACCAACUCGGCGACGUGCAGCUCCUUCUAGGGGCGUGAAGAGAGUGACGUCGAGUGGAGGACGUGGGGGAAUAUGGCGAUAGACCAGCAGGGACAUUCCAAAAACUCAACUGUCAGUUUAUCUGCUGUAAAUAUUCUUCUGUGGCUAUGAUUUAUAUGUGUUUAUAGCAAAACUGGGUAGAAAAACAUAACAUCUUCUACACAUUGUAUAGGCUUACAGCUGACCACGCUAACUGCCAGGCAUUCUGAUGGGUUAGUCCAACUACCACUUGUAUUGUGUGAACGUUAAUCCAUCGCUUGAAUGUGAUUGCAUGGGAGCAAUGGAGAAACGUAGUUACUAGUGGGGACACACACAGGCACCUAGACAGACAGCCCCAAAAAGACAUGACCCUAUUCUACAACCUUCAAGGCCAUAAGGUUGAGGCACAGUUGCUGCAGUUUGUAGAACAUCUUGUGUAAGGAGACCUUGGAUGCAGAAUCUGCCUAGAGCACUCACAGUGCAGGUACAAUGCAUUGCUGCUGUCAUAGGGGGCAGUUUUUCUGCUGGAAGAAAACUAUGACUUAAAACAACACAUGGAUUCCAGGCUGACGGCACAUAGCUAUGGGCAGCCAAUCACAUUUAAAUGCUGGUAUUUCAGCAGGAACAACCUAAGGUCUCUCCUGUUGAACCAACAUAAGGUCUCUCCUGUUGAACCAAGCCAUUUUCCUGCACUGUGAAUUGCUGAGCAAGCUGAAGGCGGUGAGACCACCAAGGAAGGUUUUGCCACCACUUCUCACUGGUUCCUAUAUGGGAACAGCCAUCUUUUUGCCGGGGUCAAAGCUUAUAAAAGACAUUUAGAACAAUCAGCAAACAUUCACUUAAAUAGAAUACAAUCUUUUAAUAACACCAGAACCUCACUGCUGUAGAACUCGAAUACUCCCUUGUUUGCCAUACGUGUUCAUUAGUACUGGUUGGGGUAGGGAUCUGCACCUUUAAACUGCUUCACAUCAUUUGCACAGAAAUCAUGCAUCAAGAGUAAGCGUAGAUGAAGCAAAUCUGGCCACAGCCUCAACUGCACAUGGUCAACAAAGGGUUCAAUAUGUAGGAGGGUUCUUACAGAAGGUUUUAUUCCCCUUUAAAGGCAAUAAUGAAGUUAUAAUUGCUCCCUUGGUCGCUAACACAUACUGUGGCCUUGUUACAGCAGUCCUAGACCGUAACAUUCCGUGACGCUAUUAUUGCAGUUGUAGGGCAGAUUAUUAUAGAGGUACUAGGCAGUACGUGGGUUUUCAUACCGAGUCUUUGUUUUAUUUAUUUUUUACUUAUUUAUAUAUUAAAAACCUUUUUUUACCUUGA